AUGGAAUCACUUAACCAGUUCCUUCCUUGCGAACCCUUUUGCCAACAAUCAGACCCAACACUAGCACAACUAGCUGUGCAAGUAAAUAUAUUUGACUCUGGUGGAAUUGCAAUUGGAAUGGGCUUUUCACACAAAAUUAAUGAUGGAAUUACAGGAAGUUCUUUUAUCAAAAGCUGGGCAGCCAAUUCAAGAGGCUCUUAUAACAACGUUAUAAAUGCUAAUUUAUCCGAUGCAUCAUUGUCCUUUCCUUCACAAGAAUCAUUGCCUCCCAAAUAUACAUCCUUAAUGGAAAGUCUCUGGUUUGGUCCACGCAAGUUCAGUACCGGAAGGUUCGUGUUCGGUGCAAAUGCAAUAGCUAUCCUAACAAAUAAAGGAAGAAGUGAGCUCAUAUGGAACCCAACUCGAGUUGAAGCACCUGGUGCUUUUAUAUGGAGAUGUGCAAUGAAAGCUUGUACAAGAGUAUCAGGUACCUUAAAACCAUCUGUUAUGUCUCAAGCUGUGAAUAUAAGGAGACUAACAAAGCGUCGCCUGUCGCGAUAUUCCAUUGGAAAUCUUGUUUGGUCUGCAAUUGCUAGCUAUAAACCAAAUAAGGCGGAGAUGGGGAUUCAAGAAUUUGUGGCUCUAGUAAGAGGCGGUGUGGCAAGAAUCAAUAGUGACUACCUAAAGACAAUGUCAGGCAAUGAAGGGUCCAUAGCCAUUUUUGAGCACCUAAAUGGACUAGCAGAGAUUGCAAGUGAAAACCCAGAUGUAUUUAGCUUCUUCAGUUGGCAUACAUUUGAUUUCAGUGAUAUUGAUAUUGGAUGGGAAGGUCUAUUUGGGUUGGCAUUUUUGGAGAGGCUGGUAAAAACAGUGCCUGUGACUCCAAUUUCAUAA